UUAUGCGACGAACAAACAUGGCGAGCGGUAAAAAGAGUGCACUGCUGUCGUCUUUAGCAGACUAUGGAGACGAUUCAGAACCCGACUCUGASCCAGAACCUGAAGACAGUGAGAGUGGAGGAGGAGGAGGAGGUCUGGUGGUUUAUGGUGAAGAUGACUUGAACAGAAMCAUUGAAGCUGAUGACAGAAAGUCUGGACAUGAAGACAGCCCACAGAGCAACUUGGAAAUGGACGAAUCAGACGAGGGGAGGGAUGCAGAUGAUGUUGAGAUCCCUGAAGCAGAAAAAAAAGACCCCAAUGAGCUCGUUGCUCUUUUCUCAGAGAAGGUGAGGAACAUGUCACCUGAUGAAAUCAGGAUCCCCCCUGAGCCUCCUGGACGCUGCUCCAGACAACUGCAGGAGAAGAUCUCCAAACUGUAUGAAAGGAAGCUGCAUGGAGAUUUUGACACAAACAGCCACAUCCAGAAGAAGAAGGAGUUUAGAAACCCGAGUAUUUAUGAGAAGCUCAUUCAGUACUGUGGAAUCGAUGAGCUGGGAACAAACUACCCCAAAGAUAUGUUUGAUCCUCAUGGCUGGUCAGAAGACUCCUACUACGAGGCUCUUGCCAAAGCCCAGAAAGUGGAGAUGGACAAGCUGGAAAAGGCCAAGAAGGAGCGCACCAAGAUUGAGUUUGUCACAGGAACUAAGAAAGGCACCAACCCGUCCAGCACAGCAGCCUCCACCACCAGCAGCACCAGCACCACCACAGCCACAGCAGACGCUCAGAAGAGGAAAAGCAAGUGGGACUCAGCGAUCCCUGUGACUCUGGCCCAGCCCACCCUCAUCACCACCUCAGCAACACUUCCAGCUGUCGUCUCUGUCACAACAACAGCCAGCGGGACCAAGACCACCGUCAUCUCUGCAGUGGGCACCAUCCUGAAGAAAGCCAAGCAGUGAAGUGUGAUGAAGACCUGCAGAGGACAAACUGUUGGACCCUCCAUGUUCACUCUGUGAGCCUCCACACAAACUGGAUCUGCUACACAUGGACACAUCACAACACUCACUUCUGUCUCUGUUUGGAUCUGGACUGUGGCUUUAAAAAGCCUAAAGGAUAUUUUGUUAAAAAUCUUAAUUUCAUAGGAAAAAAAAUAGUAUAGGUCCUCUGGACGGGUUCUUCUUUAAUGAAA